AUGGCUCUACCGUCCUCCGGGGUGACAGAUCCGCGGGUGCCCGACGCGGAGUAUCGCUUCGGCUCUUCCCGUAGCAGUCGCAUUCUACUGCCUCCACUGCUGACUGCGGAAAUGCUUACCUCUGAUAGCCCCAAUCCUCCCGCCACCAAGCAACAGUCCAGGCCUCGUGGCGCAUAUCCACGACCAAAUGCGACAACAAGAAGCCAUCAUGUUCAUUCUGUGAAAGAAUUGGCGCUAAAUGUGUGGUUCGAUCCUGCCAGCCUAGUGAUUAUCCAACGCCUGGAUCAGCUUGAAUUGUUGAUCCAGCAGCAGCAGCAACAGCAGCAACAGCAACAGCAACAAACCGAGCAGGUACAGCCACCUGUUGACCGCUCUGCCGAUGAUCUAGCAACCAUCAAAACUGCUUCUUCAGCAGUGAUAGAUGGCGACACCUCGACAUUAAUUGGCAGUCCCUUGUACUACAGCUCAGAGCUAAGCCGACUCACAAUCGAGACCAUUCUCUCCUGGAGCGUAUUCGAGGGCAAAUUCGACUCGAGUACCAACCUCAAAGCAUUGGUUAUUUCACCAACCCUGUCAGCAGAGCCUUUCCUCGCGAAAAGCGACCCUCGCCUCGAACGACUGGAAUUAGACCUGGAAACAUGCACUAGGCUACUCCAAACAUUUCUGGAGCAUGUGCAUAUUGCGAAUCCAAUCCUUGAUGUGCCCUUGGUGACAGAUUAUCUGUACCAAGCGUGUGUUCAUGGGAUAGGUUGGGACGCACCUUCAUGCCUCGUGCUACUCGUCUGCGCUUUGGGCGCAAUUUCCGAAAGCUUCCAGGAGCACCAUGAAGCUAGCUCAAUGACAGCGCGAAGGUCACCCUCCUUUCAUCUCGGUCAAAAGUACUUUGAAGCCGCACAGAUGAGGCUCGGGGUGGUUCUGCGCACACAUGGAGUGCUGGAAGUGCAGUGUUUCUUCUAUUCUGGGGUUUACCUGAUGGCUAUCUUCCAACCCAUCAAGGCCUGGAGGUGUUUCGUGCAGACUGCGGCAAUGGCAGAGACGAUGGUCUUUUCAAGCAGGGUGUCCGGGAACCUGACGAACGAUCUUCGCUGUUUGGAGACAACACACUGGGCCUGUCUAAAGUCCGAACUUGAGCUGCGCUUGGAACUCGGUCUUAACCAGCCCAAUCCACUUGGCUUCACAUAUCCAACGUUCUUCCCGGCACUUCCAAUGGAGCAACUGAGCCGCGAAGAAUCCCGGGUAUGGUACUUCUAUCUGGCGGAGACCGCCAUUCGACGAUUAACAAUGCGAAUUAUCCAACUGUUCUUCCGGAACCAAACGCAAGGCCGAUUUCCAGACGCCUACCAACUGAGAGAAUCAUCACUCGAUUUUGAAGUUCAAGCCUCCGAAUGGACGGCCUCCCUCCCACCGAUUCUCUCCCUCUCAAGCCCCGAGAUGGACGACGACGUCCUCAAAUUCGUCCUACGCGGCCACCUCCUCGACUGCUACGAGUGGAUCUACUUCCCAUACAUGCUCGAAGCAAUCGCUCACCAAACCCGCGACCCACUAACCGACGAAUUCGUCGUAAAGGGCUUGCAAAUGUCCGUAGAGCGCAUUCACAAGAACCGCAAGGGUUUCAAGCACCGCCAUCACGGCGUCUGGCUGAUGCUGCGCUCGUGCACCCGCAGCGCCCUCAUCCUUUUGGCUGCUAGCCGGUGCGGUGCGACCGAGGAACUUCUUCCGCUUGGCUGGAAGGAUGCGGUUAUGAGUGCGGUGGAGAUGUUGGCGUAUUGGCAGGAUGAAGCAGAGGAUUCGCGGGAUCGGUUGCGGAUCUUGACGGAGUUGGUUGAGUCGUGGCCACGCGAUGGGUUGCAGAGUGGGUUUGGAGCUGGGCUCUGA